UUACUGCUCAAGAUGUUUACUCCUCCCAGUGGAGAGUUCAGUCUUGUCAAGUAGCUAUGGCAUAAAUUACCCCACAGCGCCGACACGGCAUUAUUGCUAUUCUGGCAUAUCAAUAUCUGAAUUGUCACCUUUAUGAGGGAUUCUGACAGCUAUGUAUUAUGUUUGGGAGAUUCAAGCACCUUGGAUGGAGACAGGAUAACCCAGCAAGCUGCACGGGAUCAGCCUACGUCAUGCGACUGUGCCAUGGUCACUAUAUCAAUUGACGUCCAUCAGACACGUCAGUCAAGGCCAUACUCUCUUGAGCGUGCAAAGGUCGAAUGAGACGUCGGAACCGCUCUCCACCCUGGCAUUCUGAUUAAUGCCCGAUGAGGCGGUCAUCAGAUGUCUCGUUGAGUGUACUCGCCAAUAAUUAGCCGGCCGAGCUCAUAGGAUGACCUUUUCUGAAUACGCAAUUUUCAAGAGGGUUGGCGGCGCGGUCUCGUAGGUUUCAUGCUGAUCCAUCGAGACCCAGAGUGAGCCGCAGAUCUCUCCAACCCCUAUGGCUGGCCAUUGGAACGCAGUAUGGCACGGUCGUUCCUUGGACGGACAUACAGCGUUUGUGGCUGAGGAAGGCAAAGCAGGACGUGCCCAAAUAGGUGCGCACAGACUUCGAUUGAGGUUAAUUCGGGGUACAAACAAGAUUUGGGUGAGGAUCGCGUUGGACCUGCGCCUAUCGCCGGGGACUAUUCUGGUGCUUUCCUAUAUAUUUUCCCUAUUUUCAAUGGAUGUCGAGAUACUUCUAAUUAUUUAAUUAUUUUUGGCUAGGAUCUAAUGCAAGGAACGCUUGUUUAUUAUUUAUUCUGUCAGCGAGAUGUUCUCGUUCUCGUCUCUUCUUCGCUCUGCUCUCGCAUGUCGCUGUCGAAGCAAUAUCCGUGGUGCACGGGUCAGCUGUCUUCCCCACUUUUUUCAGCUUUUAUGGUCACUCCACCUCUUUCUUUUUGGCCCUCCUUUCUCCCGAUCUUCUUCUUUUCUCCCAUUCACGCUCCUUUUCUCUGUAUCAUGAACGAGGUAUCGUCUAUCAUGGCCUCCCAUUUCAUUGGUGUGGCACUCUCUAGUCUUUUUUAUGGUAUUACCCUCGUUCAGACCUGGUAUUACUUCCGCACCUAUCAUAACGAUGCCCUCUCAAUGAAACUUCUUGUGGGUUUCCUAUGGAUCUUGGAUACAGCGCAGCUGUUUCUUGUCUCGAUAUCCAUAUAUCACUAUACCAUUACAUGGAGAGGGAUGCCAGAUGUCAUGUCUCGCGUUUCGAAAGAAUUUGAGGCUGCAAUGGCGGUAACGGCCACAAUAGCCUUCUUUGUCCAAUUAGCUUAUGCACAUAGGAUAUGGCGCCUUAGUUUUCAUGAUGUUUACUUAACUUCAGCUAUCGUCACUCUUUCCAUUAUUGCUCUAGGUUGUGGCGGAGCUCUGGUCGCUAAAACCAUUCGAUAUCCCCUGUGGAAUGAUUCACGACCUAGCAAUCUUCCCGCUUCUAUAUUCUUCGUCUCAACUAUCGCAUGUGACGUCCUCAUUGCAACCUCACAAGUUUAUCUCUUCCAUAAAUCACGGUCAGGGAUAGGGAGACUUGGCGGCCUUAUUACGAAACUGACAGUCUUGGUAGUCAACGUCGGGUUAAUCACAAGUGUAGAUAUUACCAUCUUUCUUAUACUUUUUCUCGCUUGUCCCCAGAAUGGAAUAUUUCUGAUACCCUAUCUUCUUCUUAGCAAUUGCUACCUGAACUCCUUCCUUAGCUUAGUCAACUCUCGUACCCUCCUUCGCGAGCUCGCGACGAAUAACUACUAUUAUGAUUCGAAACAAGCCGGGCUGGACUAUACGCAUGCCCUGCCGAUGGGGCUUAUUUGGAUGAGUGCAUCAUGCUUUAGCUCAAUUGAUCAGGACUAG